GGCGCGCCGCCGCGAAGCCCCGAGCCGGCGGCUGGGGCGGCUCUGAAAGAAAAGGUGGGAGCGGAACCCGGAAGUGGUGGCGGUCCCUGGAGAGCAGGCGGAGACCGCGGCAAGUCUGACACUGGACUGACUGACUGAGCGGGGGCGGGGGAGGCGCUGGCAGAGAGGCAUCCGCCUGGUGGGAGCUACACGAGGAGCGGGAGUGGCCGGGCCUCCCUUCCGCACUUGAGCGAGCGAGCGCCGAGUGAUGGCGACGACGGUGAUGGCGGCAGUGGCUCGGACAGCCCCGGUUAAGUCGCGCUCAGAGAGAUUCAUCCAGAAAGUGCCCAGAAGAAACUUCCUGUCAGAAAAGCUGAAAAUGCAGUCUUGCUAACACUGGAAUUUGUAAAUAAUUUGUUCAAAAUGGCUGAAAACAAUAGUAAAAGCGUAGAUGUGCGGCCGAAAACAGGCCGGAGUAGAAGUGCUGAUGGAAAGGAUGGCUAUGUGUGGAGCGGAAGGAAGUUGUCUUGGUCCAGAAAGAGGGAGAGCUGUUCCGAGGCUGAAACCAUAUGUCCUGGAGAGAAGGCUGAAGCUCCUGGAAGGGGUCGAGAGAGGGAGCACAGCUGCUCAUCCAUUCAGCUGGACUUAGACCACUCCUGUGGGCACAGAUUUUUAGGCCGAUCCCUUAAACAGAAACUGCAAGAUGCUGUGGGCCAGUGCUUUCCAAUAAUGAAUUGUAGUAGUCGGCACUCUUCGAUGCUUCCAUCUAAAAGAAAAAUUCAUAUCAGUGAACUCAUGCUAGAUAAGUGCCCUUUCCCGCCUCGAUCGGAUUUAGCCUUCAGGUGGCAUUUUAUUAAACGACAUACUGUUCCUGUAAGUCCAAACUCAGAUGAAUGGGUGAGCACAGACUUAUCUGAGAGUCAAGUGAGGGACGCUCAGCUAAAGCGAAGAAACCUAGAAGAAGACCUGCCCUGUUUCUCGCAUGCCGGUGUCCAGCCUUGUGUCGUAACUGCCAGCGCUGCUUCAUGUAGAGGUGGCCACAUAACUGGUUCUAUGAUGAACUUGGUCACAAAUAACAGCAUAGAAGAUAGCGAUAUGGAGUCAGAGGAUGAGAUUAUAACCCUGUGCACAAGCUCCAGAAAAAGAAACAAGCCCAGGUGGGAAAUGGAUGAUGAAAUCCUGCAGUUGGAGACACCUCCCAAGCACCACACCCAGAUUGAUUACGUUCACUGCCUUGUACCAGACCUCCUUCAGAUCAGUAACAAUCCAUGCUACUGGGGUGUUAUGGAUAAAUACGCAGCCGAAGCUCUGUUAGAAGGAAAGCCAGAGGGCACCUUUUUACUUCGAGACUCGGCACAGGAAGAUUAUUUAUUCUCCGUUAGUUUUAGACGCUAUAGUCGUUCUCUUCAUGCUAGAAUUGAACAAUGGAAUCACAACUUUAGCUUUGAUGCCCAUGAUCCGUGCGUCUUCCAUUCUCCCGACAUUACUGGGCUCCUAGAACAUUAUAAGGACCCAAGCGCCUGUAUGUUCUUUGAACCACUCCUGUCCACCCCAUUAAUCCGGACCUUCCCCUUUUCCUUGCAGCACAUUUGCAGAACAGUCAUCUGUAAUUGUACAACUUACGAUGGCAUUGAUGCCCUGCCAAUCCCUUCUCCUAUGAAACUGUAUCUGAAGGAAUACCAUUACAAAUCGAAAGUCAGGUUACUCAGGAUUGAUGUGCCAGAGCAACAGUGAUGGAGAGAGGUUAGGAAUGUGGACUUGCACACAUAUUUUCAUUUAAUAUCUUAUUUUUCUUAUGCCUCUUCGAAUUUUUCUACAAAGGCAGUUAGAAUCCAAAAUAAAACUGCCCUAAAUUUUAAUUCCAGAUGAAUUUAUUUUUCUUAUGAUACACUUGUUAUAUAUUUUUAAACAGGUGUCUGGUUUUUGUUUUUAACUGUGUAAAUUAUAUACUUUUCCACUUAAUUUACCUAUGGUCCAGGCAUAUUUGAAAUUUCAAGGCAUUACAAAUACAUUUGAAUAUUCUGUAUUUUUUUUUAAGUAAUCUUCUGCCCUUUCCUAAUGUGGAAUAUUUUGCUAAUCUACGCUAUCAGUAUUCUUGUAUGGCAGAAUAGUUAGUUAUCUUUCCCAUUUUCAUUUUAAAAUUCUUCAGUAAAGAUGAGUGUUGUAAUCCGUCCAUGAUAAUGUAAUUGACUUUUGUAGUUGCUAAUAGGAAUGUUAGGCAACAAAAUGCUUUAAAGUGAAACUUAGUGUGUUUUCAUUUUAAAUAUUAACUAAAGCAAGUUUGUUUGUUUUUUAUUAAUCUGGCCAAUGGAAAGAGAAUGUUAUGAUCUAGAGGUGCAUUUGUUCGGCAGUAUGGCAGGAUUGUCAAUAGAUCCAAAUACAGCAGCCCUUCACCCUGGAAGAGGUGAAUAACAUCAUAAUGCAACUUGGAUUCCUUUCUUACUAGAAGCUUUACAGAUAAAAUAGCAGUAUUAGAAGCUUGGAGUUGCUAAGGCAACUAGAGUUUUUCUAUAUUAAUUUAUGGUCUGUUACAUCUACUUAGCUGUUUCUUAGGAACUCUGGUUCCCAGGGGCACAUAGGCAAUUUCUAAACAGCUCCUGUAUCCACCAGUAACAAAAAGACCUGAAUAGUUUCUCAUUAUUUUAAAUUGAACUUAAAUAAAGAUGCAAACAAAACACGUGGUUCAGUAUUUAGGAAGCUUAAUAUUGCUUUUGGCCUUCACAACCUAAAUAAUUAUUUCUGUCUUCAGAACUAACGUAUAUUUUAUGUAGCUUCAAAAAAGAGAAGACAUAGCAAUAGCUCCAAGAUAUAACAUACUGGACAGGAAGACAAAAUAAUAUUUCACAUUUACUAUCUUAAGGGCAGCACAGAGUUUUAGGACCGUCACUGGCCUGGAGUAACCAGUAAGAAAGACACGUGGACUGGUGCCCUAUUUCUUUCUUCAGUGACUGACCACAGAUUGCCCAGUUUUCCUUGUGAUAGGCCGUCUGCCCCUUUUAAAUACUGUAGUAAUUUUUAUUUAUUUAUUUGUGUGUGUGUGUGACAGUGUCCAUCCAUGUAGCAUAGGCUGACCUCAGGUUUGAGAUACUACAGCCUGAGUUUCAGGAUUACAGGUUUGAACCACCAUGAAGAGCUAGUAAUUGAUUUAUUCCUCUUGCUUUUCUUUCUUUUUUCCUUUUUCUUUCUUUUUUGUUGCUGUUAUUAUUUGUUUUGGUUCUGUUGUUGUUUAGUUGGUUGGAUUUUGUGUUUGUUUGGUUGUUCGUUCGUUUGUUUGUUUGAAACAGGGUCUCUCUGUAUAUCCCUGGCUGUUCUGUAGCUUGCUGUGUAGACCAGGCUGUCUUCGAACUCACAGACAUCUUCCUGCCUCUGCCUCCCAAGCACUAGGAUUAAAGCGUGCUCUACCACGCCUGGCUAGUAAUUGAUUUCUUGAUGCUAGUUCAGCUGUAUUAGAAAACUUGCUUCAACCUGGAUUGACAGGACAUUGCCUCAUAAGUUUCCAAGUUAAAACAAAUGUUUCUUGCUGCUAUGGUGGUGUGUACCUGUAAUCCCAGCACUUGGGAACCAGAGGGAUGAAGGUUGCUGUGAGUUUAAGCCAGUCAUGGCUGUAUGAUGAGAAUAUGUCUCAAAAAUUUUUUUUCCUUAAUUCUUGUUGCAUGUAUAUUAAAGUAGCCUUUUCUAGUGUUGGGAGGCUGUUAAUGUAAAGAAAACAUUUUCUAGCAAUAGCUUUUACUGAUCAUGGUAGUUCCUGCUUGUAUUCCCAGAACUUGGGAGACUGAGGCAGAAGGAUUACCAUGAGUUCUGGAACAACCUAGGCUACAGAGUGAAACCCUGUCUCAGUAACCCCCCACAAAAAAAACCCUAAUAGCUUGCCAGGCAGUGGUGGCACACGCCUUUAAUCCCAGCACUCGAGAGGCGGAGGCAGGCGGAUCUCUGUGAGUUUGAGGCCAGCCUGGACUACAGAAUGAGUUCCAGGAAAGGCGCAAAGCUACACAGAGAAACCCUGUCUCAAAAAACCAAAAGACAAAAAACAAAAACUAAUAGCUUUAAUUUUUUCACCAAUUACAAAAUGAAAAUGGAGCAAAUGGUACCAUUCUCUUCUAGAAUUUUUUUUCCUUAGUGGUCUAAAGAUCGUCUUAAUUUCUGUGAGAGGUAGCCACUCAAGAUUGCCUCUUAGAGAUGUAAUGAGGCUCAGGCUAUGAACACAUGUCGGAUAACUACACCUCCAAAGAUGAUGCUGACCCUUCCUGAAAGUGGAGUCUCCGACUACCUCAUCUUUGCUGUGGCAUUUUUGAAGUUGCUGAGAUACUCAUCUUAUUAACCAGUAUAACAUUUCCUAAGUCUCCAUCUUUGGUGGCAAAAGAUAUAGUGUGGUAAGACUCUACUCAUAAAUACAGCUUUUUAUCAGAAUUUGAUAAAACCUUCUGUUUCUGUGAAACAAUUAUUUUUAAUAUUUUUCUUUUACAAGUAACUUUUUAUCAGUACAGAACUAUCUAAGGGAUGACUAGCUUAUGAAUAUUCUGUUAAAAGGUAGUUUUAUAAAGAAAAGUAAAAUAUAAUUAUGUCUUUUAUAGUGGUAAAAUUAGUGUUUAUAUGAAAGUCAAGAUCUGAUUAGCUUUUAAUAUACUUCAGACUGAUUGCUUAUGAUAUAUUUUCUCUGGCUUUUUUAUUCUUUUCAAUUUCAAGGUAUUAACAACUGUUAAUAUUUUCAGAAUACUGCCAUAUGUGUAGCUUGGAAGUGUGUAUUAAGUGAGAACAGGAGAGAGACUGAUUUACGCUGAAAUGUCCUGUAUCUUUCCUUUGGUACUUACUACAAUGAAAAGAAAUUGGAAAGUAGAGAUUUGUAAAGACUUGAGAAGAGAACUAGUUAUUGUGAAGGGAAGAGAAAAGAGUGACAAAAAUAUUAGGGAAUUUGAAUUUAGAGAAAUUAACCCACUUUCCCUGUGUUUUUGUGAGAACAUCUAUAUUCACCAACUGACUCGUAAAAAAAAUUAAAUGUAUUUACUGAGUUAAAUAGCUAAAAAUGAAUAAAUUUUAUGAAGUACACAAGUCUAAGUUAAACGGAAAUGUUGUAACUCUUGAGUUGAAUUUUGAACCAUUUGAAUAGUGUCAAUUCCAGUUGAAAAGGUGUCCAGUGCAGGGCUUGGUGCAUACAUCUUUGAUCCCAGCACUUGGGAGACAGAGGCAGGUCUCUGAGAGUUGAAUGCCAACCUGGUCUACAGAGUGAGUUCCAGGCCAGCCAGGCGACAUAGUGAGACCCUGUCUCAAAACAAACACAAAAAAGAAAGAAAUGCAGUCGGUAUGGCAGAAAUGUGUAGAGUUUAUUUGUGAGAGAGGAUGGAGCUAAAAGAAACAGGAUACGAUAUUAAAAUUUAAAAAUUUAGGCAUUACCUCAGGGAAAAGCCUUGCCAGGGAAAGGGAACUACUUUACCGCUAAUAGCUCGUCUGGACCAGACACUAACUGCCUUGGGAAUCAUCUGCACAAUCAGGAAAUGAACUUGACUUUCCCAUUUCUCUUGAGGCUUUUCAGGACAGGCCCUUCUGCUCUUCACUAAACCUACAUCUUGAGUAAUGCCGGCAUUCCUGAAAUAUCCUGAAUGGGUUCUUUUUAGUUUCCUUGGGUGUUUUUCUGUGAAGAGUUACGUGAUCUUUCUAAUACAUAACCGUGUCAUUGGCCUGAAUAAUUAUAUGGAGAGAGUGUGUUAAUUUAAAAGGAACCUGAGAGGAAUAUUAAAGGAAGCUUUUAGACAGCCUGUGACUAGAUGUAUUGAUUUGGUGAACAAACUGUAUUCUUUGCUGACUUCAGCUAAUGGCUAACUGUGGUCAAAGGAUGGCUUUCACUUAAUGUUUUGACUUAUUACAAAUAAGAUAAAGAAUGUUUUAGUAAUUAGAAAUCUUUUAAAAUAUAAAACAAAUGUACAAAUAAGACUCAUCGUCUUUUUAUAAGAAAAACACAUAAGCCUUUAUCAUUUAUUCAUGAGCUAAAGCCAUUAAGAUAAAUCAGAUUAUCAACUUCCUGUCUCUGAAGUUUGGGUUGUUUUUAUAGAUCCAUGUAACAGAGCACUUCUUUCCUGUGAAACAGGUGCUGUGAGAUCUCUUACCUUCUUCUCAUUAAAGUAUUUGUCACUUUUAACUAUAAUCAGAAUCCAGUAGACAAGCAUAUUUUUAUUUUGGCAGGACAAAUUUCACAGACUAUAGACUUAAUUUUAAGACAGUCCUGAACAUAAAACAAUAUUUAAAAUAGCCUAUUUAGCCAAGUGUGAUGGUGCAUACCUUUAGUCCCAGCACUUGGGAGGCAGAGGCAGGUGGAUCUCUGUGAAUUCCAGGCCAGGGCUACAUAACAAGAGCCUGUCUCAACAAAAAGAAAGAAAAGAAAAUCAAAAGAAAAAAAAAGAUGAAGAAAAAACGUAAAGUAAUGGUUAUCCAGUGGAAAAGGCUUUGGGACAAAACUAACUCCAAAAUAGUGUUUCUAAUUUGUAAUCUGGAAUGGAUUACUCAAUCCUAAAUCCUCCUUUGUCUUAAUUGCCUGUGAAACGUAGGUAAUGGUAUUGUCCCUUGGUUUCCUGAAAGUUCAUUCACUUAGAGAUAUCCCUUGGAGCACAGUUGAAAAUAAUUUCUCAGUAGCUAUACAGUACUGAUUGAGAAUGAUCAGUUUUCAAAAAGCACCUUUGUGGCACGUACAAAAUCACAUUCACUCAGUCUGUAACAGGCUUUCUUGACUUGAUCUGAUAAUGGAACAAUUUGGGUCUAUGGUUCAAACUCUACAGUUAGAUGAUUGCAAUUUCCUCCUGCCUUUCAUAAGAUCUGUGUAAACUGAUUAUUUGCCUUAUUUAGAAAGCUGAUUACAUUUGCAGGAAAUAAAGGUAAUUUUUGCCAUGGUCAUAAAUCAAAUCUAAGCUUUCAGACUUGGGAGCCAUGGUGUAAAACUCAAGAAAGUUUAUUUAAAUUUUGAUGGCUUUGCUAGAAUUGCAUCAUUUUUUUAUUAGCCAAGUAUGAACUAUAUACACUUGAAUAUACAGAACCUAAUGAUUUCAUAAAGCUAUGUUGUCAAUCAUGGUGUGUGACCCAUACUAUCUCCACUUUCUAAUCUUGACAAACAUUUGUGGGUUUAAAAAAACUUGAUCUAAAUAAAUUUUCACUUAAUUAAAUCUUCAUGUAUGAAA